UAAAAAAUACAACAAAAGAAUGACAUACAAACAUUAAACGAAAUUUGCAAAAAUUAUCGAAAAAUCAGUGAAAAUUAAGUGUAAAAUUAAAGAAAACAUUUAACAAAAAAUGGCUUCAAACGUUGAGGAGCCUGAGGAUAAAUAUGAUAUACUCAAUAUACCUUUGGCAAAACCGAAAUUCCUGGAUCCCAUACCAAAUGAUGAGACAGGAUGCAGUAAAACAGAUAAUGAUGAAACGCCCAUUUUUAGUAAAAGGAAAAUGAUACUACGUAUACCGCAACAAUAUACCGGGGAAUUUAUGCAUUUGACAGUGUGUAAAAAUUGGCUGGUUUGUUUGCUAAAGGCACCACAACCCUCUACGGAAGUAACAUUAUUAAGAUUCUUUCUGCCCAGGGCUUUACCACCGGGAGAAAUUUCUUUGGAGAAAUAUUUGGCUGGCUAUAAAAUUGGCAAAUUAUUUCUGGAUCCCACUGGACAUCAUACACUCAUUAGUCUUAUACCCAAAUCUUCUGGCUUAUCUGCUGAUUUUCUUUAUAUUAAUGGCAAUGGUCCUAAAGUUAGACGUAUUGAAAAGUUUAAAGAUCAUGAAAUUACAGCGGUGGCUUUUAAUAAAACCUAUGGUACAGAAUCUUCAACCGGACCGAUUUUAUUGGGCACCAGCAAGGGUUUAAUAUUCGAAACAGAACUUACUCUGGAGGCAGAUAAACCAUCAUAUAGGAAACAGGUUUAUGAUUUGGGUUUGGGACGUCCCAAAUAUCCAAUAACUGGUUUAGAAUUCAAUAAAGUACCCAAUAGCAAUCAGUAUAUAGUGGUUGCAACCGCACCGGAUUAUAUAUUUACAUUCCAAGAAACCUUAAGACCCGAAGAGAAAUCUUUGCAACCAAUUUUCAACAGUUACAUCAAUGGCACACAAUCUCAUGGCUAUGAAGAGGCCAAAACCGAUUUAAAUUAUUCAGUAUUAAGAUUUUAUGGACCAGCCAAUGAGAAAUUUCCCACCAACUGGGGUUGGUUAUGCGGUUCGGGUUUAAGACAUGGAGAGGUCGCUCAGAGUUUUAUAACCGAUGAAAAAUUCCUGCAAGGCGAUGAUUUAAUACCCCUUAACAAAGAUUUAGAACAACGUCGUCAUUUAUCCUAUGAGGACAAGCGCCUUAAUGUUCCCAGAUCUUUUGUUUUAACACAAUAUCAUGCUUUACUCAUGUAUCACGAUCAUAUAACCGGUAUUUGUCUAUUAAAUCAGUCGGUUGUCUAUGAGGAAUACUUUCAUGAACAAAUGGGUAAACUAUUGAAUAUACUAAGAGAUCCUUUUACGGGUAACAUUUAUGUUUAUACGGAGAAAAUGAUAUUUAACUUUAAGAUCGUCGAUGAACAUCGUAACAUUUGGCAAAUCUAUUUAAAUAUGGGUCUCUAUGAGAUGGCCGAAAUUCAUGCUAUCGAUGAUGAUAGCCUUAAUAAAAUUUUAGAAACUAAAGCCAAUAAAGCUUUUGAGGAUAAAAAUUAUACAGAAGCUGCCCAAAUUUAUGCUGAUACUCAGUUGGCAUUUGAAGAAAUUUGCUUGAAAUUCAUAGAUUUAGAAGAUAAAAGACCUAUUAUAACUUAUGUUAAGAAAAAACUAGAUAAACUACCAGCAGAUGCAGACGAGCCUCUCUUAAUUAUGGUGGUGUGGUUAAUAGAUCUAUAUCUAACACAAAUUAACUAUCCGGGUCGUAGCAAAGAAUUAAAGCAAGAAUGGCAAGCAGAAUACGAUGAAUUUAUGCAACAUUUUUCUGUCAUCAAAUGUGUAAGAGCCAAUCGUGCUGAUAUACAGCAAUUAAUUGCACAACAUGCCGAUCCUCAUAAUCUGGCACAAUUCGCCAUAGCCAAUGAAGAUUAUGAAGAAGUCAUCGAACAACAUAUAGGAGCUGAUAAAUAUCUAGAUGCUCUGCAUAUAUUACAAAGACAAAAGAAUAUCGAUUUAUACUACAAAUACUGUCCCGUUUUAAUGGAACAAAUACCCAAAGAAACGGUUGAAGCGUUAAUGGCUCAGGGCCGCAAGUUUCAAAUAAGUAAAUUAAUACCCAGUUUAAUUGCCAUCGAUAGUGAUUUGCAUAUAGCGGAAAUAACAAAAUAUUUGGAAUAUUGUAUUUAUAACUUGGGUGAAACUAAUCAAGCGAUACACAAUUUCCUGCUACGUUUAUAUGCUGAACAUCAGCCCAACAAAGUUUUGAAAUAUUUAGAAAAUGAAGGACACGAUACUACUUUGAUACACUAUGAUAUUCAUUAUGCUUUAAGUAUUUGCAUAGAUUUUGGAGCAAAACCGGCGUGUGUGUUUUUAUAUUGUUUAUUGGAACUUUGGUCAGCUGCUGUUGAAAUGUCUCUGGAAUUUGAUUUAAAAUUGGCUAAGGAAACCGCUUCAAAGGCAAAGGAUGAUGAGAUUAAAAGAAAAUUGUGGUUAAAAAUCGCUUUCCAUGAAAUUAAGGAUAACAAUGAUGUGAAAAAAGCUUUGGAGCUUUUAAAAGAAUGUGAUCUACUCAAAAUAGAAGAUCUGCUGCCUUUCUUUUCUGACUUUGAAAAAAUUGAUGAUUUUAAAGAGCCCAUCUGUGAAUCCCUAAAGGAAUAUAAUCAAAAAAUCCAAGAACUACAACAUGAUAUGGAGGAAUGUUCCAAACAGGCCGAUCGUGUGCGAGAAGAUCUGCAAAACAUACGUAAAAGCUGUAUACGCAUCGAUGCAAAUGAUGUGUGCAAUAAUUGUGAUACAUUUCUGUUGGUUAAACCAUUCUUUAUAUUCGGUUGUAGUCAUAAAUUUCAUGCAGAUUGUUUGGAGAAAUUAGUGGUUCCUCUUUUAAGUUCCGAGAAAAGUCGCAAAUUGACUAUGUUAAAACAGCAGUUGGAAACCAUGCUAACACAAUCAGCAGCCAUGGGUGAGAAUUCAAGCGCUACGCAAAAGAAACGUGAUCAGCUAAAGGGUGACAUUGAGGAUAUUAUAGCAGCCGAUUGUGUAUAUUGUGGUUUAAUGAUUGAGACCAUCGAUCAAGCAUUUGUAGAAGAUUGGGAUCAGGUUAAUGUGGAUUGGGAGUAAAGCUGGGUGGAAAGUUUAUUAAGAUAAAGUCCAAAGUUACUAAUACGUAUAAAUAUUUUUAUUCAUAUAAAUACAUACAAAAACACUUUAAUAUAAACAAUUUAAAAAUUCUUAA